GUCUUCACUUUCGCGCUGGAGAUUACUGCUGGGCUUUUGAUUGGUUAUUCCUGUGACUGUAUGUAAAUCGGAUCCGGACGCAUCCAGUAGGUGGUGGCUUGUGCUUCAGUGGCACCGGAGACGAUCCAGAGAGGUUAGACCCGCAGUUUCUAACGGAGCUGUCCACUCCUCUGGUGGUGCUGAACGUCAGAGAUUCGUUCUUCGUAGCCUACCCGAUGGUUGAUGGUAUUCGAAAAGGAUUUACAGACUUCACGUUUACAAAUUUAUAGGCUAUUGUGUGGAUGUCGAGUUACAAUCGGAGGAUUUGAUCGGACCAGUUUGACAUAUAGUUGUUGUGAACUACUGUUUAAAAAAACAAUCUCGUUCGGAUUAUCCUUCUGGAUGGUUUGCGUCUGGACAUACAGGAACAGACCAAUGAGGACAUCCAGAUGGUGCUCGCUGGCGUUCUUGUUGGGAGUGGUCUCCCUCGGAGUGGGAGUCAUUGAGGGGAGACCGGGCAAGGAGGAGGGAUUCGGUCCGCCACCUUAUCGACCUGUCAUGAGGUUCCGACAUAAGCAGGAUGGGCUCCCAGGGAGUUUGCAGAUAAAGGGGUUUUUGGGCCAUAACAAGGGCUUCCAGAGUCCUUGUGAGCACAAGUACUGUGGCCUUGGGCGUCACUGCGUGGUCAACCAUGAGAGUGGUAAAGGGGAGUGCAACUGUCUGGACCACUGUAAACCACACUACAAACCGGUGUGUGGCUCGGACGGCAAGUUGUAUCAGAACCACUGUGAGCUCCACCGUGCCUCCUGUCUGGGUGCACAGAGAAUUACUAUCAUGCACAGCGAGGAAUGCUUCUACAAAGAUGACAACUGCAGACUGAGUGACUACCGGAGGUUGAAGACCAAAAUUCUGAACCUGCAUGACCAGCGAUACAUGGAAACUGGCAACCGUGGGGGCCACAAAGAAAACAUGGCCACCAGAAAGAAGCUGGUCGACCUUCUGUUUAAGCGCUUCGACGCCGAUGGUAGCGGGAAAGUAGACAGCAGCGAACUAUCACAGGUCAUCAAGCAGGAAGGUCUGUCCAAGGAUGUCUCUGAGUGCACCCUGUUUGACCUUCUCAAAUACAACGACAUCAAUGACGACGAGCACCUGACAAAGGACGAGUUCUACACAGCUUUCGAAGUGUUCCAGCUCACCCUGCCCGAUGACCAGAAAUUGAGGAUCACCACGGUAACCGUUGGCCAGAGUGCCAUCUUGACUUGUGCAAUCACAGGGGAGCAGAGACCUCCCAUCAUCUGGAAACGCAACAAUCAGGUUCUCAACUUGCUGGAUCUGGAGGACAUAAAUGAUUUUGGAGAUGAUGGCUCAUUCUACAUCACCAAGGUGACCACCACCCAUACAGGGAACUACACUUGCCAUGCUGACGGGUACGAGCAGCUCUCGCAGACGCACACGCUCCAGGUGAACGUUCCUCCCGUCAUCCGCGUCUACCCAGAGAGCCAGGCACGGGAGCCAGGGGUGACGGCCAGUCUCCGGUGCCAUGCUGAGGGUAUCCCCAACCCACAACUGGCAUGGCUGAAGAAUGGCAUGGACAUCGCUACCAAGCUGUCCAAACAGCUCACCCUGCAAGCUAACGGAAGCGAGGUGCACAUCAGCAACGUCCACUUCGAGGAUACUGGGGCGUACACCUGUAUCGCCAAAAACGAUGCCGGGGUGGACGAGGACAUCUCCUCCCUGUUUGUGGAGGAUUCGGCUCGCAAGACCCUGGCAAACAUUCUGUGGAGAGAGGAAGGUCUUGGAAUUGCCAAUAUGUUCUAUGUGUUUUACGAGGAUGGUAUCAAAGUCAUCCAGCCAGUGGCAUGUGAGAUCCAGAGACACAUAAAGCCCAGUGAGAAACUACUGGGACUUCAGGCUGAGGUUUGCCCCAAGUCAGUGGAGGAGGUCAAGCAGAAGUGUGUGUGGUCAUCAGCAGUUAACGUGAAGGACAAGUUUAUUUAUGUCACACAGCCAACCUUGGCCAGAGUGCUUGUGGUCGACAUCACGUCUCAGAAGGUUGUCCAGACGGUGAGCACAGACCCCUACCCGGUGAAGCUGCAGUAUGACAAAUCCCACGACCAGGUGUGGGUCCUCAGCUGGGGAGACAUGGAGAGAAACUUUCCUACAUUGCAGGUGAUCAAUCAGGCCAGCGGGAGUGUGUCUCACCAUACCGUCCACACCCAGCCGGUUGGCAGACGCUUUGAUAGAGUGGAGGAUUUCUUCAUUCCUGCCGCCAGCCUCAUCAUUAAUCACAUCAGAUUUGGAAUCGUCCUCCACAGAAAUGAACCGGCGCUCCACAAGAUCGACCUGGAGACCAUGUCGUCAGGGAAGAACAUCAGCCUGCUCAAGUACAACUGCAUUCCCAAAUCCCUGGCUUACACCCACCUGGGAGGCUACUACUUCAUCAACUGCAGGCCUGAUUCCACGGGCGUCACCCAGCCCCAGCUCAUCGUAGACAGUGUGACAGACUCUGUGAAUGGACACAAUGGGGACGUAACCGGCACCCCGUACAUGUCUCCGGACGGUCACUACCUGGUCACAGUGGACGACCGCAACGGCUUGAUGAGAAUCCAGCAGAUCACGGUGCGCGGGGAGAUCGGCGAGCCCUUCGACAUCCACACCAACCUUCACCUGUCUGAUGUGGCCUUCCAGCCGUCGUUCACCGAGGUCCACCAGUACAACGUCUUCGGAAGUUCGGGAAGCCAAACGGACUCUCUAUAUGUCGAGCUGAGCACAGGCAAUGUGAAGAUGAUCAAGAGUCUGAAGGAGGCCACCAAGACUUCUGAUUGGCCGUGGAGCAGUAGAAACCGCGUGAUGACCGGCAGUGGACUUUUCGGACAGUACCUCAUGACCCCGUCCAGGGAGUCUAUUUUCAUCCUGGACGGUCGUCUCAACAAGCUCAACUGCGAGAUCACCGAUGUCGUCAAAGGCAACGUAGUGACGUGGGUUGGCGAGUCUUAGGCCGGUCUGUGUUUAGACCCGUCCUGUGUUAUUAUUAAGGUACAGUUGCACUGAAUUUGGUUGCAAAUACAUAAUUUAUUGGGUGUGAAGAAAAACGUAAGUAAUUCUCAAAACCAAAAUUCACAGAUCAAAAUCGUAUUGGAUGUUGGGAACUUCAUUAAAAAAAUAGGGAGUGAUUUGUUGGCGUUGUUUACUAGCCGGGAUAUCAGUUAAAAUUAGACAAAUUACAGUCAUUUUAGCAUUUUUCGAUUGCAAGUCUUGCUAAUUCAAUUGGAUGGACGUUUUUUGAUAAUCACGUCAACUGGCGUCUCGCUAAAAAGAGGGAGAAAAUAGGUCUAGACUAUCCUCCUCUGUUUUGUCUACUCCCGUUCCAUUUUUUCCUGUGCCUUGAAGGAAAACAAACUCCAAAAGAGGAAUUCACAUAAUUAUUCCCAUUGCGGCUGCAGAUUACACCUUCUUCUUUUUGACCCUCCUUCAUGGUGAGAGAUGCUCCAAAAAUCCAUGUUUCUCGUCUUAUUUUCAUCUCGGACCGACGUGGAGCCCAUUCUGGCCUAAUUAAAAUGAGCUCUUGCUGAGACCCCGUCUCGUUUGAAGUGGAGAUAGAGAGAUUGAGUUGUCCAUUAUGAUGUAGUGCUGCUUGGUCACCUUUGAUCUCUGAGAGUCUUCAACAGAGCUAGUGAUUUGAAUGUGAUUUCGUCCAACAAUCCAAGUCUCAAUGACAAUUUUAAUAGAUUGAUCCAUCUUAAUAUUUGUGGGAUAAAUUCAUUAAAGUUUCACACUUUGAUUCACAAGGUCAAUGUGUGUGUGUGUGUGUGUGUGUGUGUGUGUGUGUGUGUGUGUGUGUGUGUGUGUGUGUGUGUGUGUGUGUGUGUGUGUGUGUGUGUGUGUGUGUGUGUGUGUGUGUGUGUGUGUGUGUGUGUGUGUGUGUGUGUGUGUGUGUGUGUGUGUGUAGAAAAAUAUUCAAAUUUGAAGAAUAGCCCUGGCCCAAAAGGAGUCAUAGUAUAUAAUAGAAUGUACUUACAUAUUGUCAGUCAAUUUUGGCAAAGUUUAGCAAUUGGAUAUGUGUCAUUACAGUGAAAUAAAGAGGGAUUUGUUUAGUUGGAAGUGGAUUUGUGCAGUUGUAGAGAAUAGAGGCCCUGUGAGCUGUGUGGGUCUAAGGAGAAUAUAGAGAGAGACCUUGGUCUAUAAGCUUCAAAUGUGAGUCACAUUUCUUUUCAAAUGCUACAAGGCAGAACGUAGUUGGAUGAAUCAGUUGUACCUAUGAAACCUGGCAAGUAUGUGGCCCGUUGUGCAUAGGACACAAGUUCUUUCCUCGAAGGACACAUUCUAUGCAUUUUCACCAUAGCACUCUAACACAAACACAAUGAGGAAUAUGUUAAUGUAUUAUUUUUCCAAUCUAAUGUUGGACCUCUGGUUGGUUAUGGACAGGUCCAUUUUAUGUUCCCAAUUAAGAUGAUACAUUUUUAUAUAAUUUGAUGUUUUGUUUUAUUUGGUCAAUUCAAUUUCAAUUAAUCAAAAAACAAAAAAAUAUAUCACAUUUUGUUUGGUGUUGCCCCUUGAUACCCAUAGGACUGUACUGAUUACCUGUGACUUUACUUAUUGUUUUCUGUAUAUAGCAGCAGAGUUGACGGAGUUCCUUAACAUGGAAGUUUUCAUACAGUUUUUGAGGGCUCUGUUCAUUAUUUUGAGUGCAUAUGCACCCACCUUUCAAGAAACGAAAAGAGCACCAUUGUCAUCUCGCUAUCCUUGACCAAGUACAUUGUGAUUUCACCUACUGAGACAUUGUAGUUUUCAUUAUAGCCAUGUGCUGUUUGUUGAUUCAUGUGGUUAUUAUUUAUGUAGAGAAUACACACUUGACAUUUUACCUGACAAUAAAGUCUAUACUUCCUUUCUGUGGAAAAUGUGUUUCAAACAUGGUUUCAGGCCACACUCUACUAAUGCCGUUGAAAAACCAGGUUCAACACAGUUCAGAGAAACUUCUUCGGUAAUGCUUCUGUUGCUGACAAUAGCCUGUGUUUAUACCUGGUUCUAACAUUUGUCCUUUCUCUUGAUAUUGUCCACAUUCUCACAUUUUCAGACAGGUGUAGACAAUUAGAAGAUGCAUUGUGAUGUGAUUGUGAUCAGCUCUUCCUGACCACCUCCAGAGGUAGUCAGGGACCCAUUGUAACUGGAUAUCAAUCAAGUGAAAACAGAUCUGGAUGGUCAAACCAUUUAAAUCAUAGUUAUACCGAUCUCUAAAAUCAUUGACAGGUAGCAACAUUGACUUACAGCAUCCAUAAUUGUUUUAAAAUAAAUACAUUCAUAUUAUUUUCAAAGAAUAUCUGUCAAAUAAUCUGCGUACAGGGAGGUAACAGGAAAUCUGGUCACAAUGCGGACACAGUGGAUGGAUAAGAGACACAAUUUACUACCAUGUGUAGAUAUAACAGGCUACAAAGUGUGCACAAUCAGAAUGUGGAUAAGAUCAGGACAAAGAAUGCAUGUUAGCACCAGGUAUAAAUGAGGCUCAUGACAUUUGGAGAAUAUGAACAUAUCUCUGAACUUUCUUGAAUGUCAUUUUGAAAGAGCUUUGGAAAUUUCAUUUGAACGACCCCUAUAUUGAUUCAGCAGUUUCUGUCACUCUUACAAAACUAAUUCCACACCCAAUCGUGUCUGCUUGAGAUUAAAGGAGACCCACACAAUGUGGGUGUGCUGAUACAUAACUUAUUGAUGGGCACUUCACAUAACCAUGAUUUUAUUUUUAAAACUGCGAUCAUCAUUAGAAAUUACAAUUGCUAUUAAAAAAUGAUGUGUAAUAGUCAGUGACGGGGAGUAGUGAACUACAUGUAAUUCAACUAGCAAUUGAAUUACAUUUAGCUGUAGCUUGGUGGUAGUUGUACUAAAUUCAAAUGAUGGUUGUGUUUUCAGUAUUUAAUUACUUUUUUUGCAUGUAGUGGUGUAACUAACUUCUGGAACUACAAUUACUUUUUUGCAAAAAUAACAGAAAAUAUGAGUAAAGUAAGCAAGAUGUCCUUUCUUUUUCAGGAAGACCAGCAUAAUUUUCACUACGAAACAGUUUUUAUGUUUAAUAGACAAAAUUACACAUGAUGUUAACAUCUGACUCCAGGGUGAUCUUUCUUGCAAUUUGUAGUCUAUGACAUUUCAGAUUUAGAUAUGAUGAUUUUUCUCGAAGUAGUUUGGAUGUAGUGAACUACUUUUUCAAAGUAACUAUAGUUAAGUAAACUACACUGAACAAAAAUAUAAAUGCAGCAACAUGUAGUGUUGGUCGGGAGACAGACGCAGGAAUGCGUAAUAGGGCUUUUUAUUGUACCCAAAUUACGGCGUGCCAACACACGGGGACGAAGACCAGACAAACACUAUACAAAACACAGGGUAGAAACUCAAAACAAAAGAGCGAGGAGUACCUUGAAUAAAUAACACACACGCACAGUGAUUAACACACGGGACGAGACCCAUAAUCAUCAAUGGCACAGAAGCCAAAACACACAGCACAGGUCACAUGCACCAACAGACAUUGUAACAAUAAUCGUCAGGACAAUGGUGAACAAAGGGCAUACUUAUACAAUUACUAAUCAUUGGGAAUGGGGACCAGGUGUGCGUAAUGACAGUUCUGGAGGGAUCCGUGACAUCAUGAGCUGAAAUAAAAGAUCCCAUAUAUUUUCCAAACACACAAAAAGCUUAUUGUGCACACACUCUAAAAUGUGCAGUUUUGUCACACAAUUUUUGCACACAGAUUUCUCAAGCUGUAAGGGAGCGCGCAAUUGGCAUGCUGACUGCAUGAAUGUCCACCAGAGCUGUUGCCAGAGAAUUGAAUGUUCAUUCCUCUACCAUGAGCCGCCUCCAAUGUCAUUUUUGAGAAUUUCGCAGUACUUCCAACCGGCCUCACAACCGCAGACCACGUGUAACCACGCCAGCCCAGGACCUCCACAUCCAGCUCUUUUACCAGCAGGAUUGUCUGAGAUCAUCUAUGGGUCUUACUUCCGUCAAGAUGUUUAAGGACAUAAUUAAGAAGAGUGACAGUUGCAUCUUUCACCCCUGUCCUGACUGCAAUGGGUCUAAAGGGUCCUGAACCUUGGCCAUAAUCUCACCCUUAACAAUAUGUUCAAAUGUGUUCAUGGUCAGUGAGGAAAGGGCUACAUGCAACAAUUUCAGGUUUCUGGUCCACUCCCCAACCUUUUUUUUAGGUGUCUGUGACCAACAGAUGCAUAUCUGUAUUCCCAGCCAUGUGAAAUCCAUAGAUUAGGACCUAAUACAUUUCUUUCAAUUGACUGAUUUCCAUAUAUGAACUGUAAGUCAGUAAAAUCUUUUAAAUUGUUUGUUACAUUUAUAUUUUUGUUCUUUUACAUUUAUAUGUUUCUUAAGGGUAGCGUAACUUGUUGUAGUGUGAAGUAAUUGGUAGCUUGGUAAACUAUAUUUUCAGAAUAGCUCUCGCCAACACUGGUAAUAGUGGACAAGUCAAUUGCAUAUAAAGCGAGUAACAGUCAGAGAGUAUAAAUAUUGAAAUGAACUGUAGUUAAACGAAGGAAAUGUAUUAGAAACAAAUGUCGAGUGACAUUUGAGUGAGAGAUGACGACUGAUGCAAAUAUAUUUUUUCUUCUUCUUGCAUUUACGUUAGAUAUUACGUUUAAGGAAUAGGGUACCUUCAGAAAUCAUAUACACCCCUUGAUAUUUUUCCACAUUUUGCUGUGUUAAAAAGUGGGAUUAAAAUGUAUUUAAUUGUCUUUUUUUUGUCAACGAUCUACAAAAAAUACUCUACUGUCAAUACAUGUUAGAAUCACCUUGGCAACAAUUACAGCUCUUUCUGGAUAGGUCCCUAAGAGCUUUGCAAACCUGUAUUGUACAAUAUUUAACCAUUACUCUUUAAUAAAUGAUUCACGCUCUGUCAA